GUGGUAAGCUCCGCAGUUCGUGGGAGGUUUCUGGAGUUAGGCGAGGGCGAAUGUCGAAUUUUCUUACCGUGGGACGGAGAUGCGCGUGUCAAAAGACCGCGGGAAAAUGAAUAAUGACGAAGCGGCCAGGAAGUGAAAAAUGAUCGAAGCAAAAUGAGGAGAACGUAUAACGCUGCAGCAGAUGUCCGAACGACUGAUUCUCUCGAACAAACAAGACGUUUGCACAAGGGUAUAACAGAUAUUGCCAAAAGAUUGGAUGAGCAAAAGAGUCGUGCAUUAACAAUAACAGAUUUGUUUACCCCUUCAGGGGAAGGACUACGGGUGAAGCUUAAGGAUUAUUGUGUAAGAUUAAUAACUAAAGAUCCUGUUGAGUAUGCACGUAAAACUGAAGAAUUACUGUGGAGAAAAGCAUUUUAUGAUAUUGUUUAUGCAUCUAAAAAAUUGCGAAAGGGUAAUGCAUGGACUGAAACAGAGAAAGCAAUGUUAUCUGUCCACUUGGCAGUAGGAGUUGGUUUUUAUCAUCAUUUUAUAUUGAAACUACAACUAGAAUAUGGUUUAGAUCUAGUUGGUGCUAUUGAUUUUGCAUAUGUACAAAAUGUAACAGGAUUAUCAAGUGUGAAGAGUAAAAUCAGCCAAUCUAAACAUCACACUGAAGAAGCAAAACAAUGUGUUAUGCGCCUAAUUCAUAGAAGUUUGGUAUGCCUUGGGGACUUAGCUAGAUAUAAAUUAGAAUUAGAUCCAUAUUGGGAUCCAUUGAUAGCAAAGAGGUAUUAUAAAAUGGCUAUAGCAACUGAUCCAAAUAUUGGAAUGCCUCAUAAUCAAAUGGGUACUAUAGCAGGCAAUACAAAUUAUGGUCUUGAUGCAGUAUAUCACUAUAUGAGAUGCAUUUUAUGUUCUGAACCAUUUGAAGGAGCAGAGGGAAAUUUAAAAAGAGCCAUUGUUACACACUCUAUUUACACAGAUGAGAAGUAUCCUACACAUGUCUGUGUCUCACGAUUAUUUUCUCUGUUACAAUUAUGGGAUUAUGAUGUACCAAAUUCUGAUCGGAUAAAUCAAGAAUGCCAGGAUCUUUUAACUAAUAUUGAAAAUUGCUUGAGUACAGAGCAAUCUGAGCCAAAUAAUACUAAUACUAUUACCAGUACCAAUGAUAAAGAAAGUAAUAUCGAAGUAUAUCUCCAAAACUGCAAAAAUGAACAGACAAAUUACUUGACAGAUGACAUGAUAUUCAAGAUUGUAGCUAUAUGUUUGAUGUCCAUUUCUAGGUUAAAAAGCAAAGAAUCUAGCGAAGUGCAAGGCGUUGUCGCCAUAACUUUAGCAAUACUGUCUCAACUAAUACAAUUUACAAUAACUAGAUUACAAGAAUCUUUUAUAGAUUUGUCACUACCCAAUAUAGAAGUAUCAAACUCGAAAAAUAACGACUGCAACACCGAGUCAAUAGAUGCGGAAGAUAAAGAUAAUGCCGUAAAACAACUAAAUUUCGAUGAAAGUAACGAAUCUAAGAUUAUAAAUGAUAAAAAAGCAUCUUUCGAAAAAGAAAGUGUAGAAAACAACAGUGACAUUCAAAAUGGCUCGCGAAAAACACGAGAUAAAACUAAAAGUUUGCUCACGAAACUUCGAAGACGAAAGCGGAGGAAUAGCAGUGAUUCAGAUGCGAGUGACAUUGAUCCAACUUUGGAAUCCUCUAGCGAUGAGAUAAAUUCUGAUGUUUCUGAAACAGAGGACGAUAUAUUAAGCGAAGAGAACGUAUUAUCAGAAGACGCGUUGUCUGAGGACAUUACGGACGACGAAGGUGCACCUGUGCAAGUAAAUCAAGAAGAUAUUGACAACUCUGAAGCGAAAAAGAUAAAUGGACACAUAGAAAUGGAAAGAAAAAGUGAAACGCCCGAAAUGAUCACUGAACAGGUACAAAAUGGUGAGCAAACACUUAAUGAUCAAGUUGAUAAAAAAGUUAAUGAUAAAGAUUCUUUAGCUAAUUCUGGAAGUAUAGAAACCAAUUCCAAUAGCACGUUUGAUGAAAAUAGUGCCUCAUCGAAUAGAGUAACAUACAUUGCCCAAUCAAAAAAAGAAAAUUUUAAACCGGAAGAUGUGCUGAAUAUUAUAAAUGGAAAAGAAAUACUGGCAUCUAUUAAAAUAUGUUGCGAUUGGUUGAAAAGUAAUCCCGAUAUUAUACGAAUAUGUGGAAAAAGUUCACGGACUUUAUUAAAACGUGUUACAAUUUUAUUAAAUUUAAUCAAUAUAAAUACAGAAACGCUGUUGAAAAAUUUUAAGGAUGAUAGUAUGAUUUUAUCGAGUGCAGAUAAAUUGAAAGAAUGCGUUAAAAUAGUUCCGUUACCGGAAGAUAUUGAUUUAAGAGGGUUGAAUCUUUUGGAAGAUGCCCAGAAGUCUCUGAAUUGGAAGAUACUGCAUAGACAUAAGAUGAAUAAGCAAGAGGAAACCUUAUUGAGAGCACUAAAAUUAAUCGAAUUUGGACAUUUUCUUAGUUCCAUCGAGGACGCAGGAGUGAAAUAUGAAGAGGCGAAACAAUUAUUUGUGAUGAUUGAUUUGAAUACUUCUAAUACAAAAAAUAACGGUAAAAGUUGGGAUAUGGAUCAUUCACGUGGAAAAUUAAUGAGACAUAUGGGCAAGUUAUGGUUGAAAGCGGAAGUUUGUGCUCUAGAGACUCGUUUAAGAUCUAGGCUUAUGUCUCCUUACUUGGUACCUGAUCAUGAGGCUUUAUCCAAACAUACACCGGCUCUAAAGCGUUUGGUGUACGCUAAGAAAUUUAUUGUUGUGAUUCCUAGUGUCGUUGUUUCUGCACUGGAUGAAGUAAAACGUAUUAGUGGUAGAGCAAGAGAAGCAACACGUUGGUUAGAAGCUCAAUUGAAGCGUGGCUCAAGGUUUCUUCGAGCUCAAAGACCUCACGAGCGUCUAGCAUUACCGUUUAUUAAAGGACCAAGACCAAAGGAUAAAGAAGCAUGGUUAUUUUUCCAAAUUAUAGAGUGCUGCCACUAUCUUACCCAACAGACGAAAGUUGGUAUGAUAAACGAUGCAGAAACUCCAGUUGUGACAUUACUAACUGGUUGUAACCCAGAUGAUAAAAGAGUCUUCACUUUUAGCCCUGAGGGGUUGGCAAAGAGUGCAGGUGUCAAUAUCGAAUAUAUUGAAUCAUUUCAUACAAAGUGGAAGGCAUCAAGUAAAAGUCAUGGUUGAACAUAUUGGAUUAAUGGAAACGAUAAUCUGCUGCUUGCUCGUACUGAAAUGAAAGGUAAAAGGGACUUGGCCCUUCUUAAGAGCUACGUAUACGGCGACGCUGCGGCAUCAGCUGAGCGGGCGAGACAGAGAGGGCUGGAAACCCAUAAAGGAAAAUCGACGGUUCUCCUGCAAUAAAACCACUGGAUUAAUAUCUAUCUUCUUUUUUCGUGAAUUCUAAAUAAUAAAAUGGUUUCCUUUUAA